UGCAUGCACAAUCACAAAUUAGCACAGUCAUGUUUCAACCAUACACUACUCAUGCAAACUGUGCAUUCUUUAGUCGUUUGAACAUCGUUGAGGAACGAACACCUUCAAAAUGUCAGACACAAAGUCUGCUGCAGCAGCUAUUUUGAUUGCAUUGGCAAUAAAAAACGAUUGUGGUGCAAAGAAUGGUUGAAAAAGAGAAACGAAGUAGGCCAUGUUAAAUUAUUAAAAUCACUAGAGGAAUCAUCGACGAGCGAUUAUAAUAAUUUUUUAAGAAUGGAAAAAGAAAAUUAUACGGAACUUUUGGAUAAAGUAACUCAAAUGAUAAUAAAAACAAGAACGAAACUCCGAGAACCUAUUUCUCCCCAUGAGCGGCUAUCGUUGACACUUCGUUUCCUGGCAAGUGGACAAACGUUCGAAGAUUUAAAAUUUUCAACACUGAUUGCUCCCCAAACAAUUGGAAAAAUAGUUAUAGAAACCUGUGAAGCGAUUAUACAUGUACUAAAAGACAAUAUUAAGCUCCCUAUGAAUGAAAUGCAAUGGAAAAAAGAGGCGAAACAAUUUAAGGAGCUUUGGAAUUUUCCUCAUUGCAUCGGAUCCAUCGACGGGAAGCACAUUAAUAUUACAAAGCCUCCCGGUUCAGGAUCGUAUUAUUUCAAUUACAAGAAGAACUUUUCAAUUAUUUUGAUGGCAAUUGUCAACGCAAAUUAUGAAUUCCUGAUGGUUGAUGUUGGUGUUAAUGGAAGAGCAUCAGAUGCUGGCGUUUUUAAGCAAACAAAGUUUUAUGAAAAACUUGAAAGCAAAUCUCUGGGAAUCCCAGAAUCUGAAAUUUUAUCAGAAUCUUGUGGGAAGAUUCCGUUUGUUUUGGUUGCUGAUGACGCCUUUCCUUUAACGGAAAAUAUAAUGAAGCCGUACAAUCACAACACCUUAAAGAGAGAUGAGAUUACCGACUAUCGCGUGCGAGGCGAAUUGUUGAAAACGUGUUCGGUAUAUUAGCAUCGCGAUUCAGAAUUUUAUUAAAAACAUGAAAUUUGAAUCCGGAUAAAGUGUCGACUAUUGUAUUGGCCUGUUGUCACUUACAUAAUUUUUUGAGACAAAAAAAAGAAAUUUGUUAUUUGCAAAAUGGUUUUGACAUUGAAGAUACUAAUUUGAUUCAAACGAGGUAUGCCGAUUGGCGAAGUGAAAAUCUCAAUCUGGAUAGUCUGCUUGUACUCAAGCUCGUAAUCCGAGUAGUGAAGCAAAAGACAUACGCAACAAAUUUUGCGAAUUUUUUAAUUAUUCAGGAGCAGUGUCCUGGCAAAACAAAAUUUAUGAAAAACUACAAUGUAUUUAAACAUAAUGUUUGUAUCCCUAA